GUCCUUGUGUGCAAAACUGUCCCAAGAAAACAUGAAAGAUGAUAUUGGAAAGACAAUGGGACUUUUGGAGGAUAUGAAGAAGACUGACCCUGGGCUUGAAGUAAGGUUCCAAAUGGACAGCAGUGGCGCGAUGAAAACAAUGCUUUGGUGCACCGGUAAAAAUAGAGUGGACUACGAGAAUUUUGGAGAUGCCAUAACAUUUGAUACAACCUACAGGACAAACCUUUACAGCCUGCCAUUUGGUCUUUUCAUUGGUGUAAACAACCAUUUCCAGUCAAUAGUGUUCGGAGGGGUGCUUCUAACAUCUGAGAAAACAAUUGAUUUCGAAUGGGCAUUCACAAAUUUUGUAGAAAUAAUGAAUGGUAAAGCUCCCCUGACAAUGCUAACAGACCAGUGUGCCGCCAUGGCAAAGGCGAUAAAAUCAACACUACAGACUACAAGGCACAGAUGGUGCAGGUGGCACGUGCUGAAGGAUGCAAAAAAGAAGCUUGCGAACAUCUACUCAAAACGUAAGAAGUUCAAGCGUGAAUUCAAUAAACUAAUAACUGAUGAGAUUGACAUAAGAAGGUUCGAGAAUGAAUGGGUAAAACUACUAAAGGAAUACCGCCUUGUCAAGAACAAGUACUUGAAGAGGUUGUUCAAGCACCGGGACAAAUGGGCUAAACCAUAUUUCAUGGACAUAUUCUGUGCUGGAAUGACCAGCACACAAAGGAGUGAAAGCGCAAAUCAUAUGUUAAAAAAGUUCAUUCAACGGGCUGCACCAAUGCACCUUUUUGUGAGUAAAUUCAAUGAGCUGCAGAGCGACAGACACGACCAGGAAGGAAAAGAGCAGCAUUCUACUAAACAGGUUCUCAGAAAAAAGCUAAGAGUAGGGGUUCCAAUAGAGCGCCACGCAAGCACGGUGUACACAAGAGCAAUGUAUGAGAAAUUCUGUGAUGAGCUAUUUGAGUCAGGAUCAUUUGCCAUAUUUAAGAGGAUCAAUGAUAGUGAGUUCAUUUUAGUAGACACAAAGAACGAAGAGGAAAUAGAUGCUAAGCAUUUCAGGGUGAAGCUAGAAGGAGAUAAUAAGAUCAGUUGUGAAUGUGGUUUCUACGAACAUAUGGGCAUGCUUUGCCGCCAUACUCUCAAGGUCCUCGUCCAUCUGGACAAAAUGGAAAUCCCAGCUGGAAACAUAAUGAGAAGAUGGACAAAGGAAGGGCACAUACCAUGUAAAGAAACAUCGAUAUCUUCUGCCUUGGAGCAGCAAUCGCAUAAUAUGCAGAGAAAGAUGCUUCUGGCAAAAGCUUGUGAACUUACCAAGGUGGAUGACAAGGGACGACUCGUCUCUUUUGGUAAAACAAUUGAAGAAGUAAUUGGCAAUUCCAUGGUAAGUGAGACAUCAGGUCAACAAAUUGGUGAAGUUAAAGAUGCAACAACUUCUUGGCCAACCUCGAAGCCCACAUCCUGUCCUCCCCGAACAAUAUUCGGUGGAAGGCCACCAAACACAGGACUAAAAUCAUAGAUUGCAAGCACUAAGAAAUCUGCAGCGUGCCAAGCCGAUGAUCCAAGCACUAAAGCAUCAGAGUGGCCAGAGGAAGAGAACCCAGCCAAGAAGAAAACAAAGUCCAUUUUAGAACUUAUGCAGUUGAAGUAACCGUUCAAGUUGCCUUAAUUAUGUUACCGGUAUGCGUAUGUAAAACUGAUGCUCUUUUAUAUUUGGAACCAAUAAUACACGCAUUGUAAUCUUAUUAAAUUUGAACUCAAUAUGAGCAUUGUGUCCAGUAUACAAUCACUACUUUUAUUUA